AGCGGAAUUGUACAGAAAAUGGGUAGGGAGGAAUUGCACAUAACCAUACCGAGCCUUUUCAGAUGCCCAAUCUCGAUGGAGGUGAUGAAAUCCCCUGUAAGCCUGUCCACGGGCGUAACCUACGACCGCUCCAACAUCCAGCACUGGCUCGAAUCCGGGCAUGACACGUGUCCCGCUACCAUGCAGGUCCUUCCCUCCAAGCACCUCGUCCCCAACCUCACUCUCCACCGCCUCAUUCACCUCUGGCUUCAUCAUCACCACUCCUCUCCGAGAUCUCCGUCGUCUUCUUCGCCGCGAACCUCGUCUCAGCAAGUGCGGAUUCUCAUCGAUAGGAUCGAGGACGAGAACAACGAGGCCGAUCCCCGUGAUCGUCUGACGAAAAUUUUGAAUUUCGCGAGGGCUAGCGAGGAGAACCGGAGGUUUUUGGCUGAUUUCGAUCACUUUGUGGAGGGAAUCAUUGGUGUUCUUUCCAAAAGUGCGGAGAUGGAGGUUCUGGAACUGGUUAUUACGGUUUUGGAUCAGAUUAUGUACCAAAAUGGAGUUAAAGAACGAGUUUGCAGCUCGAUUUUCAGGAGCAAUUACCAAAAUUGCUUCUCUAAGAUCUGUUUGGUAUUGCGAAAUGGAAGUUUAAUCUCGAAGAUCGAGUCGGCCAGGAUUUUGGAAUCGCUUUCCCUCGACGCCGAAUCCAAGCGCAGAAUCGCAGAGAAAGAAGAACUACUGUCCCUGCUGCUCCAUCUCUUAAGUUCCGAGAACGAUCCCGACCUACACGACGCAGUAUUGUCGUGUUUAAUUGCCGUCGCAGUGACUCGCACAGUCAAAGCCCGACUCGUCCGGUUCGGACUCGUUCGAGUUCUCGCAGAAAGGCUAUUAAACCCUAACACCAAGCCUUCCACCGCAGGAAAGUCUAUGAAUCUGUUAGCGAUGGUUUCGACGUGCGCGGAGGGGCGUUGCGCUAUAAGCGAGGAGAAGUGCGCAGCGGCUGUGGUAGAGAGGCUGAUGAAGCCUGGGACGGAGGACGCGGUGGCGGUGCUGUGGGGCAUGUGUUGCGUGCAUGGGGAUAGGAAGGUGAUGGACGUGGUGGUGAAGAGCAACGGAAUGACGAAGAUUUUGCUGGUGAUGCAGAGUGAGUGUGAGGGGCACGUGAGGAGGAUGUGCGCGGAGUUGGUCAAGGCUUUGAGGGUUGGGUGCAAAUCUGGUGAGGCUGCGUUCGGGUUGGGGAGGUAUGAGACCAAGACUACUCAUAUCAUGCCCUGUUAGAUUCGAUCUGCAAAUGUAUUGAAUU